GCCUAUUCUCCUCAAACUCGUUACAAGUGUGUUUUGCCUUUCAUACUCAUUUAGCCCCUUUCAUUAGCAUCAAAAUCACUCCAGUUUUCUUUAUCACUGAAAAAUGUCUUGCUGUGGUGGAAACUGUGGCUGCGGUACUGGCUGCAAGUGUGGCAGUGGCUGUGGAGGAUGCAAGAUGUAUCCAGACCUGAACGCUGCCGAGAUGACCACAACUGAGACUCUGGUUCUUGGUGUAGCACCCCAGAAAGCACACUUUGAGGGAGCUGAGAUAGAAUUCGGGGCUGAGAACGGCUGCAAGUGUGGAGACAACUGCACCUGCAACCCUUGCAAUUGUAAAUGAUUAGAGACCAAAGCCAAAGCUCCCUGGAAGCAGAGGCGCCUUUGUCUUUAAGAAAUAAUAUGUUUGUUGUUUAUGUGUUUUUAGAAUAAAGUAGCCAUGGCUUGUCGUAGGUUUUCCUGUUGCCGCCACGGUUACUUGGUGCUUGCCAAUAGAUAGAGUGAAGUACUAAUAUUUACUUGUUUUUCUGUCCAGUGUGAGCAUCUCUGCUAUCUCAGGAUAUAUUGUGACUAUUACAUAAUUAAUGUAAGGAAGUGAGUCAGAUUCAUAAUGAAUGAAAAGAAGCUCCUAUUUCGUUUA